AUGGCUUCUUCCGCUCCUUCUUGCUCCCCGUUCACUAGAACUGUGGUUAGCUCCAUGAGAAAGCUGUAUCCGGAAGCAUUGGCCGACAAAAGCUUCGAUAACACUGGUCUUCUUCUGGAAGCGCCCUUCGACCCGACGAAGCGGCGACAACGAAACUCGGUGCUUUUGACGAUUGAUUUGACGGCUGCCGUUGCAGAAGAAGCAAUUGCGAGACGGGACUCUGUCGUCGUAGCUUAUCACCCCAUCAUAUUCCGUGGUCUCAAAUCAAUCACCUUGAGCGAUCCGCAGCAGAGAACUCUCUUGCGACUGGUGCAACAUGGCAUCAGUGUCUACUCUCCUCAUACGGCCGUUGAUACAGUGCCUGGUGGCAUGGCCGACUGGCUCUGUGAUGUGCCCAAGACCGCACCAACAGUUGCCGCUGCCAAUUUGUUGCAUCAAAUCCCUCACAAGCGAUCCACCAUCCACCCUUCCCCUCCAGCAUCUAUUCCCGAAGGCUUCGAAUCUGCCGGAGCAGGCCGUCUCGUUGUUUUCAAUGAAUCGCAACCUCUCGCACAUCUGAUCGACCACAUUGGCCGUGGCAUUGGACUCCCAGGCGGGAUUCCCAUUGCCCUGCCGCAGGGUAAGUCAGUCAACGAUAUUCGCAUCCGAACUGUUGGCAUGUGCCCCGGGUCUGGAGCUGGCGUGCUCCUCCGCAAUGGGACUCCCCUGCCGCACCUACUCUUGACAGGAGAAAUGAGCCAUCACGAGACGUUAUCUGCUACCGAACGGGGAUCUGUCGUAAUUGCCCUUUCCCACUCGAACUCAGAGCGCGGAUAUCUCCGAGCUAUCAUGCAGCUCAAGCUGUACCAUGAUUUGUCGCGCCGUUGGAAGCGUGACCGCGAACAAGGCCUCCGGGCACUACAGGAAAGUUCCAAGCAAGGAGGUGCUGCCCCGGCUGCUUCUUACGAAGAUAUGUAUAAUGACGAGCUGCUUGAGGUUUCGGUGAGCGACGCGGAUCGCGAUCCAUUUGGGAUCAUGGUGUAUCGCGGCUAG